UCUGUACGUUAUCGGGGGUGUGUGUGCGUGCAACUGCUUGCGAGUGGAAAAUGGCAUUGGCAUCCGCUGCUCGGCUUGCACACAGUCCGUCUCUGCAGCUAUCGGCACGCUUUCAUGGCGAAGCUUUAUCAUCUUCAUCAAAGUCAACGCUUUUUAUGGGAGCCCCACUCACCUUCUCAGGCUCUGCCUUUCCUGGAAAGCAAUUUCAUUCUCGAAAGCAGCUGGUUGUUUUUUCGAAAAAGUUCUCGGGUUUGCAGGAGGCCAUGAGAAUCAAAAGAGAACGUGAGCUUAAAAGUGUGAAAAAAGUUACAAGAAGACCACCAUUGAGACGGGGAAAGGUAUCACCGCGUCUUCUCGUGCCUGAUCACAUUCCAAAGCCUCCUUAUGCAGGUUCAAAUUUGUUACCAGAAAUUUCAAGUGAAUAUCAAUCUCACGACUCUGAAGGCAUUGUUCGCAUGAGAGCUGCAUGUGAGCUUGCUGCUCGCGUCUUAGACAAUGCAGGAAAAUUGGUUAGGCCAUCAGUGACAACAAAUGAAAUUGACAAAGCGGUACAUCAAAUGAUUAUUGAUGCCGGUGCUUAUCCCUCACCUCUUGGCUAUGGAGGAUUUCCAAAGAGUGUAUGCACAUCAGUUAAUGAGUGCAUGUGCCAUGGAAUACCUGAUUCUCGCCAGUUACAGGAUGGCGACAUUAUAAACAUCGACGUGACGGUUUACCUAAAUGGAUAUCAUGGAGACACAUCAAAAACAUUUCUUUGUGGGGAUGUUAGUGAUGCAAUGAAACACCUUGUGAAGGUUACCGAAGAGUGCUUGGAGAGAGGUAUUGCUGUUUGCAAAGAUGGUGCUAGUUUUAAGAAGAUUGGAAAGAGGAUUAGCGAGCAUGCUGAAAAAUACGGAUAUGGUGUGGUGGAGCGUUUUGUUGGGCAUGGUGUGGGAAGCAUAUUUCACUCUGAACCUCUUAUAUAUCAUCACCGCAAUGACCAGCCUGGUCACAUGGUUGAAGGUCAGACAUUUACAAUUGAGCCAAUUCUUACACUGGGAAGCAUCGACUGCAUAACAUGGCCAGACAACUGGACAACUGUAACAGCUGAUGGUAGCCCUGCUGCACAGUUUGAGCAUUCCAUUUUGAUUACCAAAACUGGUGCAGAAAUUUUAACAACAUAUUGAAACGGCAUUCUAUAUCUUCUGAUUUUUUUGGUUCUGCAUCAAUGUGCUCCUCUAUCUACGAACUUAAAUCAAAUAUACAGCUGAGGAUGAAUCAACUUUCAUUCAUUUUGCC